GGGCUGCAGGCCAAGCCCCUCCUCGUUGACGUCCGCCAUGAGCGAGCUGGAGCAGUUGAGACAGGAGGUGGAGCAGCUCCGGAACCAGAUCAGGGAUGCCAGGAAAGCAUGUGGCGAUUCCACGUUGACCCAGAUCACAGCCGGCCUCGACCCAGUUGGCCGGAUCCAGAUGCGGACGAGGCGAACGUUACGGGGCCACCUGGCUAAAAUCUACGCCAUGCACUGGGGGACAGACUCCAGGCUGCUCGUGAGCGCCUCCCAAGAUGGGAAGUUGAUUAUUUGGGACAGCCACACCACAAAUAAGGUGCACGCCAUCCCGCUGAGGUCGUCUUGGGUGAUGACUUGUGCCUACGCUCCAUCCGGGAAUUAUGUGGCUUGUGGCGGCCUUGACAACAUCUGCUCCAUCUACAGCCUCAAAACCCGGGAGGGGAACGUCCGCGUCAGUCGGGAACUACCGGGACACACUGGGUACCUCUCCUGCUGCCGGUUCCUUAAUGAUAACCAGAUCAUCACAAGCUCUGGGGACACCACAUGUGCUCUGUGGGACAUUGAGACGGGUCAACAGACCAAUGCGUUCACGGGCCACAGCGGCGAUGUCAUGUCCUUGUCCCUGGCCCCCGACAUGCGCACUUUUGUCUCGGGUGCCUGCGAUGCCUCCAUCAAGCUGUGGGACAUCCGCGACAGCAUGUGCCGGCAGACAUUCACGGGGCACGAAUCGGAUAUCAACGCUGUCUGUUUUUUCCCCAAUGGAAACGCGUUCACCACGGGCUCGGACGAUGCCACCUGCCGCCUCUUUGACCUGCGUGCUGACCAGGAACUCAUGAUGUACUCUCACGACAACAUCAUCUGCGGCAUCACCUCGGUGGCAUUCUCCAGGAGCGGGCGCCUCCUCCUGGCUGGUUACGAUGACUUCAAUUGCAACAUCUGGGACUCGAUGAAGGGCGACCGCGCAGGGGUCCUGGCGGGCCAUGACAACCGGGUCAGCUGCCUGGGCGUGACAGACGACGGCAUGGCUGUAGCUACCGGCUCGUGGGACAGCUUCUUGAAAGUGUGGAACUGACCCUCCUUGGCCGGCCCGCCUUUUGGGGUGUGGUGGGAU